CUGAUGCCAGAUAUCAGUAGAUGCUGCGUGCAAAUCUGGCUGCAGCCGAGUAGUCGCUCGCCUCGAAACUACUCUCGUUAGUCGUGGUGCCCGGGACACAAUUUAAAUCCAAUUCCAGCUCCACCAGUCAUUCGUGUUCAGCAGAUCAACUCGGUGGUGGUCGCGACUCGCCACCGCCUGCAUUCAGUCGUUGACGAGAUUCGAAGGUGUUCAGUCGAAGUACUUCAGGAACCGUGCAUUCGCUUUGCUGUUGGUACCUUUUGUUUUUUUUUUAGAGUAUAAAAUUACUUUUUAAGUAACUUAUUCGUUGCUGCAAACCAACCAUGAAGGUGCUAAUUGUUCUAUCGACAGUGCUGUGCGUGGCGUUGGCCAAGGACCAACCGAAGAAAGCUAUUGUUUACUUACAAAGCACAUCGGGAGUGGCUGGCAAUGUGACGAUCUCCCAGCCUUCCUGCACCGAACCGGUGUUUAUCGAGAUCAACGUUGUCGGACUAACCCCGGGCAAGCAUGGGUUCCACAUUCACGAGAAGGGUGAUCUGACGGACGGCUGUGCCAGCACCGGUGGACAUUACAAUCCGGACAAGGUCAGCCAUGGCGCUCCGAAUGACCAGGUGCGACACGUCGGAGACUUGGGCAACAUUGUGGCUGACGAGAACGGAAUCGCCAAGACGUCGUACUCGGAUACCGUCGUGUCGCUUUACGGAGCUCGCAGUGUGAUUGGCCGCGCGAUCGUCAUCCACGCCGAAGUCGACGAUCUGGGAAAAACCAACCACCCGGAUUCGCUGAAAACCGGAAACGCGGGCGGACGCGUUGCCUGCGGUGUGAUCGGCAUUCUCGCCCCAUUCGAGGAGCCCGAGGAGGAGUGCAGCGGUGGCCGGCACGCGGUCCUUCCGGCAGUCACAGUAAUCGCGUUGGUCUACGUAGCUCGAAUGUUGGUCGCGUAGGCCCGUGCCGCCGCGCGAACGAUUAAUAAUGGGUUGGCGAAGAUAAUCUACAAAACAGUGCGUACGACUGGCCAGUCCACCUUUGCGUGGGGCCAGUUCAUCGAACUCGUUUUUCCACUCUUCAACCGUGCCAUUCCGGACCGCGUCUAAGCAUCGGACGGCGAGAAGACGAAGAAGAAAAUUUUGCCACCAUUUUUCUGUUUCUUUGUCCACCGAAGGUAAAUGUAAGAAGUCUAACAGUAGAAAAUUGACUUGCACAUAGCAGCAACACCUCACACAGCACCUUCGAAGGAAAGCUUGCCGGAGCGGCACCGACAAUGGAAUGGGCGGCGAGAAAAACGUUUCCGAAAAAUCCACCCCUAAGCACUUCUUUGCGUGAAAAGCUCGUUUUUUCCUACGUUUUCCCGAUGCCUCCGACCCGACACUUCCUGCGAAGCCGCGAUUGACACCUGCCAGCGACUAUUUUCCCGAGCCCGAGAACGGGCCCGGGUUUUUCUCUCUUUCGCUUUGUUAAGUGUGCUUUUGUGUAAAUAAACUUGUUCUACCAAAACCAACCUCCUGCUUCGGGCUGAGUGAAGUACUACGAAUUUUUCGAAUGAAAUGGUAGAAUGUUUUUGUAGUCCAGGUAUUUUUCUCACCUGUUCGGGGUACUAGGGCCAGUUCCUAGGUCCAUGAGCAAGAACAUCUCACUGUGUGGUUGCCUUUUUCCUGUCCGGCGGUGAUCAGUCGACGAAGGGUAUGUUUUUUCACCUGUUUAAUGGACAACCGUCUGGACGAAAUCAGAUAAUCUGGAAUGUAGGGUCAAGCUAAAAGGGCUGUUUCAUUUGGACUCUUUUAAAAGCAAAAACGAUUCAGUUCACUUUCAAGGUCUAUCAGGGAAGUAUUUUAAUAGAGGUUAAAAGCAACAUUACUUGUCUGGAAUAUUGGUAGUGUACUUGGAUGUUUUUUAAAGAUCGUAUGACUAAUUAAUGUCUCA